GGUGGUUCGUGCAGGCAUAGCUUCACCAAAAGCUUCAGCUGCUCUACCAAAAUUUCAAAAAUAUCGAGGGUCUCAUUUUAUCAUGAUGAAGAUGAUUGGUUAUCUCGUGUGCAUCCUUAUGAUGGCUAGUCCUAUCCUAGCUCAAGUUGGAAAGUUAGGCCGCUGUCCAGAAGUCAAAGCGGUUCCAAACUUCAAUCCUGAGAAGUUUACGGGCCCUUGGUACGUCAUAUCUCACAACAAAAAUGCGUUGUACGAACCGGGGCAUAAGUGCUCGCGAUGGAAUUAUAUAAAAACUGGAGAUGGAAUUGGAAAACUUAAAUUCAAUGCACUGCUGGCUAAUUCUGGAGCUAAAGUAGACUGGGAAGGAAAAGCAACUCCAAUCGGCGAGGCACCUUCAGCGAAUUUCGACAUCGUGUUCCCUAAACCCUCACUUGGCAUGAAAACAAACUUCACGAUUUUGACAACAGAUUACGAUCAUUACGCGGUACAGUGGGCGUGUCAGAAUUACGGAGACGCGAGUUUGCAGUACGUAUGGAUUUUGUCCAGGACUCCUGUGCGUCAUCCUCUGUUUGGCAACCAGGCUGAACGUUUCGUUGAACGAUAUGUUGACAUACCGAAGCCCGAAAUCGUUGACGUUGAUCAACAACAGUGCCCCCAAUUCUGAUCGAUGAUAAUUUCCAAAACUAAUUGAAGUGUUCAUAAUUACUACGCGGGAAAAUUGCAACGCUGAUUUGAAAGUAGAUGACUGACAAUGGCGAGUUCGAUUUGGAUGGCUUGUUCCAAGUGCAGCCCGAAUGCUUUCAUUUCGGAAAAUAUUAUCAAUUUAGUGACAUGUAAUUUUUGUCAUUUAUGAAAUAAAAUAUAUUGUGCAUUAAUUUAA